UGUAGUCUGAACCUUUGAGGUAGGAAGUCACACCUAUAAUUCAGAUCUUUAAUCCAGAUGUAAUCUGGACCACUCUUUCUGUUGGAAGCAUAUAGAAGUCAUGGAAGAAGGAAGCUCUUACUCUUUCUCUGCUUGCUCUCUCUUUGUUAGCACAUCCAUUCCUUCACUGACAUUAAAGCCUACUUCUUUAAGAUUCCAGCAUAUACUGGACCUGCUGAGACAUCCAGUCUAGUGGAGUGAGCAUCUACUGGAUUCUUGGAUUUUCCAUUCCUAGCCAGAUAUUGUUGAAUUAGCUAGAGCACAGCUUAUAAGCCAUUCUAACAAAUACCCUUUCCAUAGAGAGAUUCAUUUUGUAACUUCUGUUCUCUAUAGAACCCUGGCUAAUACACCAGACAUGUAGAGAGGAAAUUCUAGAACAGUUAGGAUCUCAUAACAGUCUCAGCUCACUUACAAAUUCUCAGUGGCCAUCUUCCCUUAACCUUAGCAUUCCUCAGGUGCUGCUCACUUCAAAGAACUCAACCCUCCUCUUUCACAUCAUCCUGAUCUAAUUCCUUGACAUGAUUUAUUUCUCAUAUUAUUAGGUAUGGAUGUUAAGGAGGGGAAGAGUCAUUCUUAGGAAGUGCUUAUAAACUGAGUGUUCACCUACCCAUGGGUAAAGUAGUGAAAAGAUUCUAAUGAGGCCGAAGAAAUCUCUAGGUUUGGAAGGAGGAGGUGCUGAAUAACUUCCCCUGUGUCAGAAGAGAGACUCCUGGAAAGGAAACCUCAGCUUCUGGUCAGUUCAUGGAGAACUAAUUAGCAAGGAGGCAAAGACUGUGCCCCAUGACAUCAGCAGACCCUUUGCUGGGCAUUCUGUUGUAUCCUGGACAGCUCUUGGAAUCCCCAGUGAUGUCACUAGUGUUGAAGCAGCACCAACAUUCUUUAGGACAUUGGUUCACUGACCACAAGUUUGGCCUCUAGACAUGUUAUCCAGACUCAGAGGUCUAUUUGGGAGAGGAAAUGGACAGCAUGGAGAGACCAGAGUGAGGCAGAAGGAAGCUGGUCCUAGAUCUCCCUGGAAAACAUGGGGGAAUAAGUUGUCCUGGGGAAGACUCAGGACUACAGAGGAGGCACCAUUCCAAAUCUCCACCUCCACUGUGCAGGAGGAGCAGAUGAAAAAAAUAGAGAAACUUACAAGCCGGCUACAUAAUAUGACAAGAAAGAGAAAUGAGCUGCGUGGAAUCCUAGCCAAUUACACCAACAAGGAUUUGAUCAACAGGCUGAAUUUUGAGCUUGAGAUGCUCAAAUUGGAGCAUAAGCAGGUUAUGUCUGACCUGCAGAAAUUGCCCAUAGAGAUCACUGAUGCUUUGGACAAGUGCAUGGGGCUGAUUGAGGAGACUGAAUCCUUCAGGUAAGUGCCUGAUUUAUCUUGAGAGGAACUGUCUCUGCCCUUCUUUGUCCUUGACCCAAAGUGAGGGCUCUGGUUCCAGCCUGUCUGCCUCUUAGCAAGCAACCUGCCUUGUGGCCCUUGGACUUGUGCCUCUUGGACUCAGUUUUGCUAAGUGUGGAAAAACACUGAGGCCCUAUCAUCAUUGUCCUGCCAGCCUUGGGAGCCUUAGACAGAAAAAUGGUUUGCACCAUGAAGGGCAUGUCUGGCAGCACAGGUUCUCUGGGCACUGGCAGGGGCUUCACAGACCUGGUUUCCAUGGGACCUGUAGGCUGAAUUUAUUCCUGUUGGGACUUCUUCCCUCCUUCUGAGAGUGUUUUCCCUCUACCUGCUGCUGCU